GCCGAGCACGGCAGAUGGGGCGGAUGGCCCGGUGCGGGGCUCUGCUCUGGCUUCUGCUUGCAGCCUCCUGCCUGCACGCUGGUGAGGCCUUCAGAUGCUUUACAUGUGAGCAGCCCACGGCCAUUCCUUUAUGCAAGAACAUCACUCGCUGCAAACCAGAGGCCACGGCCUGUAUGACUACGCUGGUGCUGAUGGAGGCCGAGUACCCCUUCAACCAGAUGCCCCUGGUGACCCGGUCCUGCUCCAACUCCUGCUUUGCCACCGACCCCGACAGCAUGGGGAGCACCCGCGCUGUCUACUGCUGUUUCCGCGAUCUGUGCAACUCCGUGCAGGCCUCCAGGCUCGGCGUCAGGGCCCUGGCCCCGCUGGGGGCCCCACUCCUUCCCUGAAGGGCCUGCCACCACCAGAGGCCACCCGUAGCCGCACGCUUCCAGAAGCUUCCGGUUAAUCAUGGGACUCAAGGGGUGAGAGCCUUGCCAGGGGCCUCCCGGCCCGCCACCCCCCACACUUGCAGAAAAUAAACAAAGUCAGGGCAGAAA